CCUCCUGCAGAGCGCCUUUUGGGAAAAUAAACAGCUGAGCUGGACCAGCUCUGGACAUUCACCGUGGACACAGAUAAGAAAUAAGGAGUUUCUGUAAGAGAUUCUUUAAAGGUGUUUACAGGACCUACAUGGAAUCACGUGUGUGAUCGUCCUUAUUUGCUUUAUUUGACUAAAAAUAACUGUGAACACAGUUCCGUUAUGAAGGGUGCACCAUGAGGACACUGCUGCGCUGAGCUCUGUAGCACCAACGCUAUCUCUGCAGGAAGGUUUUCGUUUUACAAGGUAUCUGAAGUUUUGGCAUGCCAGCGCCACCUCCUCCCCCGCCACCCCCACCGGGUCCCCCUCCACCGCCUCCACCCACCGCCGCCCUGCCACAGUGCCCUUUGGAGUCUCCUCAACUCCAGUCUGGCGGAGGAGGUGGAAGAAAUGCCCUAUUGGCCGACAUCCAUAAAGGCGCCAAACUCAGGAAAGUCACACAGGUCAAUGACCGUAGUGCUCCUGCAGUUGAUAAGUCUAAGACAAACACUGGAGACAGUGGUGCUUCUCAAAGCUCAUCAGCUGGGAUGGCUCCCACCGGACCCUCUCUAGGAGGACUAUUUGCAGGAGGGUUUCCCACUCUCAGGCCUAUAGGUCAUAGAGACUUAGCAGGCAAGACCACUGUGUCUCGGUCGAGCUCUGCUGUCUCUUUGAGGCCGCAGUGGAACCCUCCCACUUCGACUGACUCAAGCAGCCUUCCAGAGUCACACAAGACGGCAGAGAUCCAAUACUCCUUCCAAUGUCUCCUUACUCCAUCUGCCUCUGCUCCUCCCUCCCCCUCUAACAGCAGCAAACACCAACCACCUUUGCCUGCAUUAUCACCUCUGACUCCUCCACCUGCCCCUCCCUCUGUUCCACCUCCACCUCCCCCGCCUCAAGCCUUCCAGGAGCGACCGAACAGCAAGCCUCCGCCUCUUCCCUCCUGCCCUCCUCCUCCUCCUCCAUCCCAGAUCACCAGGCCCACAUGGCUACCUGUCCAACAUUCUCACCACACAUCGGUGCCCCAGCCAUCUACUCCCCCUCCUCCACCUCCACCUCUGACUCACCCACCACCUUCAUCCAUCCCAGGGGACCGCUCAUCAGGUUGCUUCUUCUACUCUCCACCUCCUACCACAGCCUACUCUGAACCAUCCAGAUUCCCCAUUCUGCGUGACAGCCCCCUCGGACCCCCUCCACCACCUCCUCUUCUGCCUUUACCAACAUCCUUCACCCCAAGCUGCCCCACCACCCUUCCACCACCACCACCACCCAAAGCUGUCCCGGUGCCCUCACCAGCCAUGCGCUCACUGCCACCUUCAUAUCCUUGCAACGUUCCCACUCGCCGGCCACCAGCUGUGCCCAGAAGUUUAGGUGCGGGCCGGCUGUUGGCUCCUCCCCCGGCUCCUCCGGCUCGCUCUCCCACCACUGAGUUGUCCACCCGCGUUCUUCCCCCUCCGCCACCUCCCUUCAACUUCAGGAAUGGACACCUCCACAGUCUGGAUGACUUUGAAUCCAAGUUCCAGUUCCACCCUGUAGAAGAACUCCCCCCACCUGAUGAAUUCAAGCCUUUCCCGCGUGUCUACCCAAGCAAAGAAAACAGAGUGAACCCCAAACCACCUGGGAUCAGGACACACCUGAGAUGAGUCAUUGAUGCUCCAUCUUCCUUCUCGCUCCAAAAACGCUCCUCUUCAGUUGUUUGACAUCCCCAGACACUCACAAAAGAGCCACAGAGACUCGUUUAUGUUUUGUGUGCUUGUGUGUACUGCGUGAGCGUAUGAGUGUCAAACAGGGUCCGGCCUUAUUCUGACUGUGUGACCUCUGACCUUUUCCAGCGUGGAAUGUUUUCAAUGUGUGUGAGGAGGAGGGCCCGACAGACUACAUACAGUCUCAACACAUUAAGUCCAGGGACAGAGUCUUCCAUCACCCUUCUUUAAAUAUAUAUAUUUUUUAAUCAAUUUAAACAUUAAUGGAAGGAUGGAACAAGAAGUAUUUUGUCAUCAGGUAUUAACCCGUCUCUAUAUUGUUUACCGCGUUUAUAGCCACAACUUUGUAAAGCCACACAAACUGGUCUUUGACGUCGAGUUAUGGUGCAUUGAAGUAGAACUUUAUGCAGAGUAUGGCAAUUUGAACCUUUUUAGCAUUUCAACUGGAUGAACAAAAAACACAUUUUAGCGUUUGUGCUGAAUGUUGGCUUAAAAAACAAGGUUACAUGUACAUCGUUUAUGAUUACUAGUUUUAUUGAUAAACCUGCAUUCUCUUUGUAUGCAGUAUAGUGGUACUCCUUUGUGUUAAUGUGACUUAAUUUUUGAAAAUGUUACAACUGACUGACAUGUAAAUGGGAUGUUUGAGGUUCAGAUUUUAUCAGCAAAUAAUAAAUGAGUUCUCCCUUUUCCAACAAUCGCUAUCCCAAAGUUUAACACUUGGGAGGACAGUGCCACCUACUGGUUAAAUUUGAAAGUAUCAGCAACUUAACCGGAGUUGGCACAAAUGAUCCCAUUUAUAUAUAGAUCUACUUCAUUUCUGAUCAUGUUUGCUGUGGAUGGCUGAUCAGAAGAACUGAACACAAGUAUUUUGAAAAUAAAAUAAAAUAAAUUUCAUACAGUA